GUCUGGUUAGUCGUGGAGGCUGGUGGCGGAGAACGCGUUGCCAGUGAUCGGGAGUCGAUCUGCGGAAGGUGUGGCGGUUCGUCCGAAAGAGAGAGGAGAAAGAAGAUCGGGGCCCGUCGAAACGGGCAUUCGAGAGGGGCAAAGGACAGACAUAACCUCGACUCGAGUCGACCGUCUUGCCUGUCUUUCUCUUUCUCUUUCGCUCACUCUCUCUCUCGUCCGCGUUUCACUCGAACUCUUCGUAGAGGAUCUCCACCGUGGAGUCAGUAUCCCGUGAUGGUUAGGUACGCGCGAAACCACUCGCGUCGCGUCGUUGACGAGUGAAUCCUCCUUCAAGUGACGCUACUGCAUGUUGGUUCUUUUUUUUUUUUCUCUACUCGUAUUUUCCCCGUGGUUUCGAAUUCCAAAGGAACCCUUUUUCGUCGGGUUCGUUUCAAUCGAGCAGCGAUCGUGGAAAAGUGCAUCGGACUGCGAGCAGCUGUCAGAUCGAGCUAGCUCGCUCGUUUCGUCGAUGGUGUGCAACAUUCUCGUGUAUACACACACGUAAUAUAGUCGCGCAUGCUGCAACAACCACGGUACGUGGGUCGUACCUAUCGUUACAACUUGUUCCUCUGCUCUUCACCGAAACUCGACUGUCCGACUACCGAAGAGAAUCCGUUCACUUAACACCACCGGUUGCUUAAUUCUUGGGGAAAAGCGCCGCGAGCUCUCAGCAUCCACGGAUCCAUCCGCUGCCGUGAGUGAUGGCCCUGCGUCUGAGGAGCAGCAAGGAUGUCAAGAAGAGCUCGUACUACGUUUGGUACCUGGGCGCGAGGGAGGCCAAGGGGGUGGACGCGAUGCCCGGUGCCAUAGCUUACCUGCUCGAACGAGAACGGCUUCAAGAACCUUUCAAGGUCACGCUACAGGUGAGCAGUAAGGGACUGAAGAUUAUACAAACGGUUCAUCCAGGCGGCUCGACGAGGUCAGCUGUGAAGCAUUUGGUACCAGGACACGCUGUGCUUGCAGCGGUGCAACGAGAGGAUGUCGUUGCGGCCACUCUUCUGCUUCCAAAUCCGGCCACCAACAAUCCCGUCCACGUGCACGUGUACAGAUGUGAUUCCGUCGAAACAGCCGAAUUGUUGGGCGGUCAGUUGAAGGCACUCGCCUCGCACACCGAUAAUUUGGCCAGGGUCACCUCGUUGGAAGGUAGAGUGCGCAGUAAUUUGGGCAGCGAUGGCCGAAGUACCAGGGAAUCGGAGUCGUCUGAAGGCAGUGGUGAGCUCAGACACGAUCCGGUUCAAACUACCACGAUAUACGAGUCCUUGGCUGCAGAGUUGCGGGCUAAGUUGGGCAGAGGAAAUUCAGGGGACAAUGACGUGGGUCCUAUACUACUGCCUCCGCGGGAUUAUGAUACCGUGCACAGACAUCGUGGUAAUCUGGCUGGCAUCGAAUUCAGACGUUGCCUGAAUCAAACGAUCGUAGGUGGUAGUACGACGAUUGACAGAGGCGGCACGAGGAGUGCUGCCAGCAGUGGAAUAGGCUCGGACAGUGCUGCUACGCCCCCGCCUUAUCAGAGUCAUCAUCCUUUGGGCCCAAGACCAUCGAGACCUUCUAGAGAUUCCUCCUCCGAUGACGACUGGGGAGCACCGGCAGAGGAGAACGAUUAUCUCCCUGAAUCAGAGACAACAGGAACAAGUUUAACGCUACCGAGAUUACCGAGAAGUCCUGAGAGAUUACCUGUUCAGGUGAACAGAGGUAUAUCUCCGAGUUGCAACAGAAGUCGCAGAGCGGCAGAAUUUAGACAAAGAUCACCGAGCCCUCAAUACCAGCCCAGAAUGAGUCCUGGGGAGGUGACCAGCCCCAGGGAAAGAUUCCAGGAUGCCAAGGAGAUGUUCAGAGCAAUGGAGCGAGAGGCAAUCGCGAGGCCUGUCCUUUCCAGGCAGAGAGAUGUUGAAAGUCAUCCUGCGCACAGGAUCGAGUCGUCCAGGCACAUUCACGAGGAUCAACCGGCUCGUCAGCAUCCAGCGAGCAUCAGUUCAACGACUGCCCAUGAACACCUGAUCAGACGAAAUCAUUCGGAAGUAUCGGAACGGGAGAACGAUAUUUCUUACAGAGCUCGACCACGGCCCCGAACCCAUCAUUAUGCGAUGGAACGCCCACCAGAACAAGAGGUCUCGAGGCCUCGGCCAAGAAGCUUGUACGAAAACCCAACGGUUGGAAGAGAUUUCCGAGAUCAAAGGAACGUCGCUGAUCCGAGAGAAGUUCGGGACUUCCGAGACCGCGCACACGUGAGAGAAAUACGCGAGAAGAUACGCGCCAGGGCGACGACUUAUCAGGAAUUGUCUGAGCACGAAAGAUACCCAGGACUCGAUCGCGACAGUGCCAGACCUCCUCUGGAAAUCGUACCCACGCCGAGCAGAUACCGGCACAGCUACGCGGAACCGCCCAGACUCGGCCUGGCUGCUUUACAUCCUUAUUGAGCCAUCGGCUCGUUGUUAACUAAUAAAUUAUUUAAUUAAUCGACGUAUCGAUAUCAUGUCGUAGGAAGUUUGAAACAUCGUCUUCGAGGAAUGCGACCAAUUAAAAGGUCAACGAUUGGUUAUUAUUAAAAAAUAGUUAUUAUUUUUAUAAGAACUCCUCAAGUAUUUUACUUAGAUUUUAAUGAGACUUCCUAGGUCAAAAUAUAAAUUCUGGUUUAGGAAGUCUCACUCCUACGUGGUCUUAAAGAGGCCUCUAAUUAGACAUUGAAAUCAGAAGAGGAUUCUUCUUGUCGGAAGAGAUUUUUUCAUUCCUAUUUUAUAAUACUCAAACCUCUAGCCGAGUGUUCAAUGUCUUUGACGAGGAAAAUUGGAAAUAAUAAAUGUUCAAAACGAAUUUCUGAUAAACACCGUGGCCCACUUAUGACCCACAUAGUACAGAACGUAUUAAAGAUACUAGAAAUUAAGGUUCCCAGUGAGCAGUGAUAAAAAUGAAUUUCUUUUGUUAAAAUUAAUGUAUUAAUUAGAUCACUAAUUGCUCCAAAUUUAGAUGCAAUUUUUAAGGGACCUUAUGAAACAUAUUUUAUCAAAUAAUAUUCAAUAUUGCACGAGUACCACGUGUUAUUUCCAAGGUUCUCGUUUGACAAAGAACGAAAGGGUAUCCUUGAAAAUUCAAGGAGGAUUGUAGAUUUUUGCGUACGUCGAUGUCGUCGGCCCUGACCAGUCCAAGACGAAUAAAGAUUGAACUUUUAUUAUUCUUGUAUUUACGAAGCUGCAUUUUGUUGCAUCGUGGACUAAGAUCCUCGAGUCGAGGAUCUAUUUGUUGACUAUUUGAUCGCGACUCCGAGCAUUAUAUUGUUAUCCGCGUCGGACUCCAGACUAACGAUAAUAAUAGGAAUAAUAACAGCAGUAACACUGACAAUAAUAGUAACAAUAAUAACGGUUAAUAACAAUAAA